AUGAAUGGCUCCUUUGUCUUUACGUAUGUCACGGAAGAUAAUGGAUUCGUCCAUAUAUGGGAUCUCAAGGGCUGCUACAAGCAACUCGAGGACUUUCUGCGGAAGAAUACCGGUAAACUUGCUGUAGAGGCCAUUGCACUGGAUCCAACCAGUCGAACUGACUAUGUCGUGGUCACAAUGGUUGAGGACUGGGAUGGUGUUAACACAUAUGAUUUGAAGAGGAAAAUUUCAUUCCCGUCGGUGGACAAGAAGUUGUCAUCGUGGUGGAAAGCAUGUGCGGAGUCUGACGAUACGAGCAAUGUAUACCUGCCAGUAACUUCCUAA